GAUGGAACUGGCUACUGUGAACCUCAGUGAUGGGAAUGGGAGCAACCCAGAGCUUCCAGCCCCGGAGUUCAGGCCGCUCUUCGGCAUUGGCGUGGAGAACUUCAUCACGCUGGUGGUGUUUGGCCUGAUUUUCGCGAUGGGCGUGCUGGGCAACAGCCUGGUGAUCACCGUGCUGGCGCGCAGCAAACCGGGCAAGCCGCGCAGCACCACCAACCUGUUCAUCCUCAACCUGAGCAUCGCAGACCUGGCCUACCUGCUCUUCUGCAUCCCUUUUCAGGCCACCGUGUACGCACUGCCCACCUGGGUGCUGGGCGCCUUCAUCUGCAAGUUUAUACACUACUUCUUCACCGUGUCCAUGCUCGUGAGCAUCUUCACCCUGGCUGCGAUGUCUGUGGAUCGCUACGUGGCCAUUGUGCACUCGCGGCGCUCCUCCUCCCUCAGGGUGUCCCGCAACGCGCUGCUGGGCGUGGGCUUCAUCUGGGCGCUGUCCAUCGCCAUGGCCUCUCCGGUGGCCUACCACCAGCGCCUUUUCCAUCGGGACAGCAACCAGACCUUCUGCUGGGAGCAGUGGCCCAACCAGCUCCACAAAAAGGCUUAUGUGGUGUGCACUUUCGUCUUUGGCUACCUUCUUCCCUUACUGCUCAUCUGCUUUUGCUAUGCCAAGGUCCUUAAUCAUCUGCAUAAAAAGCUGAAGAACAUGUCAAAAAAGUCAGAAGCAUCCAAGAAAAAGACUGCACAGACCGUCCUGGUGGUCGUUGUGGUAUUUGGCAUAUCCUGGUUGCCCCAUCACGUCGUCCACCUCUGGGCUGAGUUUGGAGCAUUCCCGCUGACACCAGCUUCCUUCUUCUUCAGAAUCACCGCCCAUUGCCUGGCAUACAGCAACUCCUCAGUGAACCCCAUCAUAUACGCCUUUCUCUCAGAAAACUUCCGGAAGGCGUACAAGCAAGUGUUCAAGUGUCAUGUUUGUGAUGAAUCUCCACGCAGUGAUACUAAAGAAAACAAGAGCCGGAUAGAUACCCCGCCAUCCACCAACUGCACUCACGUGUGA